AAGCAGAGAUAACUGUUAGCUCAGCACAGUAGGGGUCAAUUUGGUCUAGUUGCCCAGUGACAAGAAGAAAAAAAAAAAGUGGGUUGUAACUUAAAGAUCUUAAGACUCACAGUGAGGGAGGGGUUGGCUUGGAGGUGGGAGGAGGGAAUGACCAGCUAAGGAGGAGACAGGCUCAGGAGGGUGCAAGGGAGUGUCUUAGCUGAGUCUGGGGCCAGAGUGGAGAAGGUAGAGGGAAGUCUGCAGGAGAAACACAUCCUCUGGGGGGCUGAACAUCCAGAGGCAGCUUCUGUUGCAUGCCAGGAAGGCCUCUGAGCACCCUCAGACCUUCUCAUUCUCCGAGCCUCAAGCCCAAACUUGAGGCUACCUGCUGAGUUGGUGACACAGCUGUGGAGCUGGUGCCCCUUGGACUCCUUGCCCAUCUUCUCUUCAUUCCCCAGCAUGACAGAAGAUGAAAACUUCGACAACUAUUAUGGGGCUGACAACCAGUCUGAAUGUGAGUAUGCGGACUGGAAGUCCUCUGGGGCUCUCAUCCCUGCGAUCUACAUGCUGGUCUUCCUCCUGGGCACCACGGGCAAUGGCCUGGUGCUCUGGACUGUAUUUCGGAGCAGCCGGGAGAAGAGGCGCUCAGCUGACAUCUUCAUUGCCAGCCUGGCAGUGGCUGACCUGACUUUUGUGGUGACUCUGCCCUUGUGGGCCACCUACACCUACCGGGAAUUCGACUGGCCCUUUGGGACCUUCUCCUGUAAGCUCAGCAGCUACCUCAUCUUUGUGAACAUGUAUGCCAGUGUCUUUUGCCUCACUGGUCUCAGCUUUGACCGCUACCUGGCCAUUGUGAGGCCUGUGGCCAAUGCUCGACUGAGGCUGCGGGUCAGUGGGGCUGUGGCCACGGCAGUCCUGUGGGUGCUGGCCGCCCUCUUGGCUGUGCCUGUCAUGGUGUUCCGCUCCACUGGGAUGGCGGAAAACAGCACCAAGGUGCAGUGCUACAUGGACUACUCUAUAGUGGCCACCCCAAGCUCAGAGUGGGCCUGGGAGGUGGGCUUUGGGGUGUCGUCUACCGCCGUUGGCUUUGUCGUGCCAUUUACCGUCAUGCUGACCUGUUACUUCUUCAUUGCCCAAACCAUCGCUGGCCAUUUCCGCAAGGAGCGCAUCGAGGGCCUGCGGAAGCGGCGCCGACUGCUGAGUAUCAUUGUGGUGCUGGUGGUGACCUUUGCGCUGUGCUGGAUGCCCUACCACCUGGUGAAGACGCUCUACAUGCUGGGCAGCUUGCUGCACUGGCCCUGCGACUUCGACAGCUUCCUCAUUAACGUCUUCCCCUACUGCACCUGCAUCAGUUAUGUCAACAGCUGCCUCAACCCCUUCCUCUACGCCUUCUUUGAUCCUCGCUUCCGCAAAGCCUGCACCUCCGUGCUCUGCUGUGACCAGAGCAGAUGUGGGGGCACCUCCCACAGCAGCAGUGGGGAGAAGUCGGCCAGUUACUCUUCUGGCCAUAGCCAGGGGCCGGGUCCCAACCCAGGAAAGGGAGGAGAGCAAAUGCAUGAGAAAUCCAUCCCCUAUAGCCAAGAGACUCUUGUUGACUAGGGCUGGGACCAGAGAGAGAAGUCUGGUGCCUUGGGUCUGGCCAAAACUUUACCCGCAGGCCCUGGGACUCAGGUAGUGUGCCGCACCUUCUCACUCCCUGCUCCCUGCCUCCCAGCUCCACCUUGUCCUCUUUUCUCCUUUUUUUUUUUUUCUUUCUCAGAGGUUUGUGGUUUAGUAGGAAGAGACCUGUGCUCAGCUGCUCACUCUCUCUGAGGCUGACCUUGCACAAGUCUCUUCAGCUCUCUUAGCCCCAGUUCCUUAGUUUCCUUGAAUGGAAGGAAAGUAAUCCGACCCUAAAAUGUUGAAGUGCAAGUCUGACAUGAUUUGUUUCCUCCCGCCCAUUUCUUAAAGUUCUAUCUCUUCCUUCUCUCUCUUUCAUUUUAGUUUCUCUCAAUUUCUGAAGUUUUUCUGCUAAUUCCUCACCUAGCUAGUUCAUUCUUUUCUCUUUGAGCCCUCUCCCUCAGUCCUUCCUUCACCCCAUCCUCCUCCAUUUACCUUCUCUCCAGCAGGGCUCCUAAGGGUUAAGAAUCCUGAAGCUUUUGAGCUCUUAUCCUGUUUUCUGAGAACCAGCUAGGCAUUGGUUGGGGCGGGAUGGGCUGUGUGUGUAGGCAAAGAAUUAGCACUUCAGUCCCCAGAGCCAGGAGCUCCGGAUCUUCCUCAAAGCUGUCCAGCCAAGAGGGCUAGAGUGGUUCUUGAAUAGUGCUUUCUCUCUUGCAGAGCCACAUCUACAUCCUACUACUGUCUCAUGGUCUAUUUCUUCUUUCUUUAUUGCUUGUGAGAAUUGGAAGGCAGUGGGGUUGAUGAAACUAUGGACCCUUUAGUUUCACUGUAUGAAUGGGGAGCUGGGAAGGGAGAACAGAGAAGAAAGGUUGGAGGGGUACUGUAUUUAGUCUGUAUGAUGCUUGGCUCCCCUCCCCCAAUCCUCAUCCCUCCACCUCCCACAGAACUGUGAACUGCAGGUAUUUCCCUGGUCUCUUCCAUCACCCUCACAUUCUGGAUGUUUUCCUUGGGCAUUGGUGCUACUUGGCACCAAGUCACUUGGUAGGAUGAAGAUGUAUAUGCACACACACACACACGUUUUUGGAAGAGUAGCACAUGAACUUCAUGCGUGAAUGAACUUGGGUAAAACCACACCCCCUUCAUUGUACCUCUGCAGAUUACACUUGGGGAAGAAGGGGCACAUGAAGGGAAUGUAGAAUAGAUUGAGUUCACCCCCACUGGAUUUGGGAGACUCUGGCGGACCGUGCUUAGGAAAAAAGUCUGUGUGCCUGUCUGUCUGUCUGUCUGUGGGGAGCUAUUUCCCUGUAACACCUGGUGUUCAAGGCUUGGGGAAGUCCUACUGAGCUGGGUUCUGUUUCCUUCUCCUGUUUCAUGGGGGAAGAAGAACCUAAUUAAAGCUUCCUACGGCCCCUCCGCUGCACUUCCUACUUGGGUUUGAGUUUAUGAACAUUUUCCUUUCCACUUUCCCUUUCUCUAGCGUCUGUGGCCCUCUUCCUGAGGAGGCCACUUGUUUGCCACGGGGUGAAAGGUGCAGGGUGAACUUUUGCUCUCCUCACCAUCAGAACUAAACCUCUUGGCUUCUCUUGCUGGUUGGGGAGUGGGGUGGGGAAGCAGUCACUGGAGCAGCUAUGGAGAUUGAUGGCAUGUUGUCCACACCACCAGAGAGGUCUCAAGGACAACAUUAAUAGUGGGGCCUUUGUGAGCUGGAAAUGGGGCAUACAUAUUCCGGGUUUUGUUCUUGGCAGACUCUGGAAAUGGAGGACAAGACAUGUGCCUCAGAGUCAGGAAGAGCCUGGCUUGAUGCAAAUGGACCAUGUCUGGCACAGAGCCUGGUCCAGGAGCAGAGGAAGAGGGAGCAGAAAACAGCUCCUCUCAUAUUUGAAUCUCUGUAUGUCUCAGGCCAGAACUUGUCACAGAGACACUUUCUCUGCCCAGGGCUGCUCUCAAAGCAUCCAGUACAAGUACAGAAGGUGACAGGAAGGUGCACUGAGCUUCAUAGAAAUUCAUCCACGGCAUAGAAAAGAUAGCAGAGGAGGCCACCUCUUUGCACUCUCACCUCUUCACCAUGCCUGUGCUCUCUUUGAUCAUGUUAGCCACUGUGGUUCAUCAAA